AUGGUGUAUCAAGCUAAACCUUUCGACCCUUUAACGGUAAAAGCCACGAGGAAAGACCGAGUGGCCUAUUUUUACGAUGCCGAUGUGGGAUCCUUCAGCUACGGGUCGUCUCAUCCCAUGAAACCGCACAGAAUCAGAAUGACGCACUCCCUGAUUAUGAACUACGGACUUUACAAAAAGAUGGAGAUCUACAGAGCCAAGCCGGCAACAAAGCAGGAAAUGUGUCAGUUCCAUUCUGACGAGUACAUCGACUUUCUCUCCAGAGUAACACCCGAUAAUCUGGAAAUGUUCCAAAAGGAAAGUGUUAAAUUCAACGUGGGUGACGACUGUCCCGUGUUCGACGGGCUUUACGAGUACUGUAGUAUAUCAGGAGGAGGCUCUAUGGAGGGCGCUGCGAGACUGAAUCGUGGGAAAUGUGACGUUGCGAUCAACUACGCCGGCGGGUUGCAUCAUGCGAAGAAAUCAGAAGCUUCUGGGUUCUGUUAUCUUAACGACAUCGUUUUGGGAAUCAUCGAGCUUCUGAGGUACCACCCAAGGGUUCUCUACAUCGAUAUCGACGUCCACCACGGUGAUGGAGUCGAGGAAGCCUUUUACACAACUGACAGGGUCAUGACCUGUUCCUUUCACAAAUAUGGAGAGUUUUUCCCCGGUACAGGAGAGCUACGAGACACUGGUGUUUCCAAGGGUAGAUAUUACUCGGUCAACGUGCCGCUGCGAGAUGGUAUAGACGAUGCCACAUACAAGUCUGUUUUCGAGCCCGUCAUUGGGAAAAUCAUGGAAUGGUACCAGCCCUCUGCAGUGGUCUUGCAGUGUGGCGGUGACUCGUUGUCGGGCGACCGCUUAGGGUGCUUCAAUCUCUCGAUGCGUGGACAUGCCAAUUGCGUCAACUACAUGAAAUCUUUUGGGGUACCCAUGCUUGUCGUCGGUGGGGGUGGCUACACAAUGCGUAAUGUGUCCAGAACGUGGGCUUUCGAGACUGGUCUACUCAACAACGUGAUUCUGGACGAGAAUUUGCCUUACAACGAUUAUUACGAGUACUACGGGCCGGACUACCAGCUUGACGUUAGACCCUCCAACAUGUUCAACGUCAACACUCCUGAAUAUCUCGACAAAGUGCUUUCUGGUAUUUUUGCCAACCUAGAGAAUACCAAGUUUGCCCCAAGCGUCCAGGUCAACGACGUUCCGCGCGAUCGAGAAGAUCUGGGUGAUGUCGAAGAAGACACCGCUGCCGCCAAAGACACUAGGGGAGGCUCCCAGUAUGCCAGAGAUGUGGUUAUCGAGAGAGAUGACGAGUUCUGA